AUGGUCUUGUGGCUAACAGGGCACCUUGGUCCGAGGAAAAACCAUUUGCGUGAAAAGCCGCUGCUAAGCUGGGAACCAGAUGAAGUGGAGACGGUGCUCAAAGGGAAGGUCAUCGAUGGAUGGACUAUGGAGAAUUCUUUAGGAAGCGGAGCAAAUGGCAUUGUACUCAUGUGUAAGAAAGGCUCGGCAAAAGCGGUACUAAAGCUGGCUCUGUCGUCCUAUGCAGCAGCGAGUCUCGAAUGGGAAAGUCUAGUGAUGGACCGGAUUAUCGCCAGGCAGAACACUGAGGACCGAACUGUUCAUCUUGUUCGAAAAAUUGGAAACGGUUCCACGGAACUUACUAUAGGAGAUAAGGCACGUCUACUAGCACCC